AUGUUUGCUAUAUUUCUUCUCUGUUUGGUUGGUUUUACUGUAGCACAACAACCAAAACCAUGUACAACACCACCACAAUGGGAAGCAAAUGUUUUCGAUUCCAAUGAUCAAAGUAGAUUUAGAGUACGUGGACGAUUAAGUUAUGAUGCUAAUAAUCAUCGUGAACGUCUUGUUGAAGAAGUUGAAGUUGGCAGUGAAGAUAAUUUCUAUGAUGUUAUUGCAUUGUUUGAUUUACAAAUGGAAUUUGUUUAUGAUUUCAAAGCUCGUAAUUGCACACGUCGUCCACUUACUCGACCAUGGCGUGAUUUUGGUAUUCGACCAGAUGCUCGCUCAUUCGGUGAAGCUUAUGUUGGCACAUCAGCUGUACCAGGUUUAGGUUUAUUAGUUACUUUAUGGGGUGGAAAUCAUACAACACCAUCCAAUGAUACUGUUCGUACCUUUGGAACAUGGACAUAUCAUGCAUGUCUUCCAGUUAGUGUUAUCAGUCACAGUAGUCAAUAUGGUCGUUCUCAAACAUCAUUUUUUGAUAUUGUUGCUGGUAUUAGUGAUCCAAAUGUAUUUAUUCCACGACCAGAAUGUCUUACAGAAAAGGAAUAUGCUAUGCGACACGUUCUUUUUGGUGCACAAGGAAAAAAGAUGAAGAAAUAG